AUGUUUCAUGAAAGUGAUUUACUAGACUAUGAAAAAAAUAAAUUUUCACGCCAAGUCAUAGUACCAGGAAUAGGUAUUGAUAACCAGAUAAAAUUAAGAAAUUCUAGUGUGCUAAUAGUAGGCUGCGGGGGAUUAGGAUCGCCUUUGGUAAUGUAUCUAGCAUCUUGUGGAAUUGGGAAACUUGGAAUAGUAGAUUAUGAUAAGAUUGAAAUUCACAAUUUACAGCGACAGAUAAUUUAUAAAGAAAAAGACGUUGGCUGUUAUAAAGUAGACAUAGCAUAUGAUUUUAUUUGUAAUAUUAACAGUAAUAUUCAAGUAGUUAAAUAUAAAACUAAAUUUGAUUACAGUUUUAGUGAACUUGAAGAAUAUGAUAUAGUAGUGGACUGUACUGAUAAUAUUGUCACUAGAUACGUUUUAUCAGAUUUAUCAAAACAAUAUAAAAAAGAUUUUUUGUGUGCAUCAGUUAUUCGAUGGGAAGGACAUUUAUACAUCUUUAAAAAAGAUGGACCAUGUUAUAGAUGUUUAUAUCCAACAGUGAAAAAGACUACAGCAAAUUGUGAUGAAAAUGGUAUUAUUGGACCAAUUUGUGGAAUUUUUGGUAGUCUUUUGGGAUUAGAAGUAAUCAAGACUAUUUUAGGAGUUAAUACUACUAAAUUAAUAACAUAUAAUGGAUUCACUAACACAUAUAAUAAUUUUAAUCUGCGCCAAAUAAAUAAUGAAUGUCUAACUUGCAUUAAAAAUAUUUAUAAACAUUCAAUUGACCCAAAUAGUUGUAAUUCUCUAUUAAAGGCAGAUUUUUUUAAUAUUCCGCGUAUAACAUGGUGCAAAAUUCUAAAAAAUUUUGAUAAUUUUUUUAUUAUUGACGUACGCAGCAAUAUUCACUUUAGAAUGUUUAGAAUAAAAGGGUCCAUUAACAUUCAAAUUAACGACUUAAAGGAUAAUAUUCACUUAAUUGAUAGAACAAAAAAAAUAGUUAUACUUUGUAAAAGAGGGAUUUCUUCCUUACGUGCUGCCAAGGUUUUAAUUGAUUCUGGAUUAGAGUGUUUUAGUUUAGAAGGUGGCUUGGAUAAAUACGAAAUGAUGAUAAAAUAA